UUGACUAACAUCCGAUUUCAAAAUGGUUGCCUUUUUGCAAAAUAAUUAAUUUUGAGGAAAAAAAGUCGUCUUGUCACCAAAGGCAGGAGUUUUCCAUCAGAUUUAGGGAAAGCAACUAAUAUUCAGAAUGCCGGGAAAACUAAAAGUGCGCAUCAUAGCAGGCAGGGAUCUCCCUGUUAUGGACAGGGCAAGUGAUCUGACUGAUGCCUUUGCUGAGGUUAAGUUUGACAACACAGUGUAUAAGACAGAUGUCUACAGACGCUCGCUGAAUCCGCAAUGGAAUUCUGAUUGGUUCAAGUUUGAAGUUGAUGAUGAGGAUCUGCAGGAUGAACCACUUCAGAUAAGGGUUCUGGACCAUGACACUUACAGCGCCCACGACGCCAUCGGGAAAAUCUAUAUCGACUUGAAUCCUCUUUUAGCCAGGGAUACUGCUUCCAGUAUCAGUGGGUGGUUCCCUUUGUUUGAUACCAUGCAUGGCAUUCGGGGAGAGCUACAUGUGACAGUGAAGGUCGACCUCUUCACAGACUUCAACAAGUUCCGACAGUCAUCUUGUGGAGUACAGUUCUUCAACACUGCAGCUGUGCCAAGUGGUUAUCGCAUCUGCUCCAUUCUGGGAUUCGUUGAGGAACUCGUUGUGAAUGAUGACCCAGAAUACCAGUGGAUCGACAAAAUAAGGACACCGAGGGCUUCCAAUGAAGCCAGGCAGAGGCUAUUCUCUCAACUCUCUGGUGAACUGCAGAGGAAAAUAGGGCUGAAGGUCUUAGAGAUGGGUGGAAAUGCUGUGAUUGGAUAUCGACAGUGUUUCGACUUGGAAGGUGAAUCAGGAAUAGUUGUGCGAGCGAUUGGAACAUCAGUGGUUCUGUCAAGGCAUCCAAAUCCUUUAUCUCCACAGAGUACUUCCCCCAUAAGAGACACGUAUCCCCUUCCUGAAGAUGGCGUACCGAGUUCUCCACCACCAGUCACUCCGACAUGUAAGAACGCUACGUCGCCAGGUUUUCCAAUCCUGUAUCGCCGAUCAUCAGACUCGGACAUAAGCACCCCGCCAAAAGAUUCACAUCAUAUAUACCGGCAACAUCGUUCUAUGUCUGUGUACGACCAGCCAACUGAAGAAUCAGUUCCCGAGCUUCUGUCCCCGCCUGUCCCAUCGGCAACAGAUCAAGAUAAAAACUAUCUGUCCGUUCCCGCACACCCCAAAUUACUGAGUUUUUUGAGUUGGUCUCCAGGCAACAGUCUAGCUGGUAGCAGUGGAAGUGGAGGUGGGGGGAGUGUAUUGGUUGGAAGUGCAGGCAAGGCCCCGUUCCAUCGACCAGUCUUGCAACAACAGAGCAUAGAAAUGCUGGAGCCCCAGGUGAAGGCAGAGUACCGAUUUAACCCUUCAACUUCUACAGCACCUGCAUUUGUGGCGAGGAGACCUUCUUUUAAACUGCAUAGGCUGGGCGAACGACUCUCAUUCAAUCGGUCGAGAAUGGAGUAUCCAUUCUUUACCAUAAAGUGUUUCCCGCCUGGAUUCCUUGUUCAUCUCGGUGGUGUUGUUUCCGCUCGGUCGGUCAAGCUCCUUGACAGGAUUCACAACCCCGAUGAACCCGAGACGCGUGACGCUUGGUGGACAGAGCUCCGCACAGAGAUUCGUUCGCACACUCGGGCCCUCGGAUGCCAUGCUGUCAUCGGUUACUCAGAAUCAACGAGUAUAUGCGAUGAAAUCAUAGUCCUCUCGGCCAUUGGGACCGCAGCGGUCGUCAACCUGCGCUGGGACGGUGACCUCCCCCCGAAGAGUGUGACCAUGACCACAUCACUAGACCGCUACGCCUUCGAUAAGGAAAAGAAGCUGCAUGUUGAUAUUCAUCUUGCUCAAGCUAACCGGUUGCAGGACAUAGAAGAGAAGAUGACGCCAUGCUGCACUCCGUGCCAUGUUCCAUAUAACGAGACGUCUACUCCAUUCGCCGUAAGAUUGCGCAAGUGUCUGUACUGCAGGAAAUUCUUUGUCCCUGAUGUCCUCUUUACUACCAUUGAGCCGCACUUGGAGCUGCCAUCUGUUGGGAAAGGAUGCCUCAUCCAAGCGAGAAUUUGUCGCCAGAAGAAGGAUUGUAAAGGAGAAAUAAAUGCCAAAGAAAUCAGUGAUAGUUUGCCAUUUAUGGAGUAUGAGCUACACAGUCAGUUAUUACAAAAAUUGCGGGUUAAGGGCAUGAACGCUAUCUAUGGUCUCAAAAUCCAGGUUACUGUUGGAGACAAUCUUCUGGUUGCAUUAGCUACUGCUACAGGUGUGUUCCUGGCUCCCCUGCCUCCACCCCCAGUGCCCAACAUCACAGGCAAGGUGAGAACUCUAUCAGCCAACGUGCCAAAGGAGGCUGACAGCCCUCACAAGGAUAAACACCUCCAAGACCGCAAACGUAUGAUAGUCGACAUGAUUGCUAAAAACAGAGAAAUCUAUGAAAUACAGAAUGUGGAGCCGCCAGUUGAGGUGUGUCCGAGCCCGCAGGUCAUGCAGGUCAGCACGGAUGAAAGCGAGGAGGAAUUGAGCGACCUUGACCUCUCAGCUGGCAAUAAGGACACAUAUCUAUUGGAGAUUGAUGACGAGGACGAGGAGGUAUUAUCAUUGCUGGUCGACUCGAUCAAACCUGCCGGUUUCCAAGUAUGUAACACGGAGGCAGUGCCAGGGAUGCCUAACCUAGCUUGUGGAUUACAGAUGUUUACUCACGUGUGGCGUGGAGCUAUGACUCAAGGAACAAGUAAAGAAUUGUCCGAGGCAAUGGAUGACAUUCUUCAGAGUAUCUACUUCAAACUCCGCAAAAUGACGCCGUGUGCCCUUUGUGAUCUUGAUUUCAACAUUGAACUGCCGGAUGAAAAUGUAACACAGGUGUCUGUUACUGGUGUGUGUGUGGGUAUCGGUGAACCACAAAUUGUCACGAACAACCUCGCAAUGAAGGCCCAGGACAAAACAGUGAGUCCCAACACCAGCGACCAGGAUGAUAUGAUGUUUCAUAUGGAGGGCUUAGAUAACACCCCGCACAGUAAACCUUCUAGUAAAACCAGCCCUGCUACUAGUAACAAGUCCAUUAAAAAGGAAAAGAAACUCAAAUAUCAUCAAUUCCCGAAGCCAAUAGAUAGCAUAGAGUUGACUCCUCUGGCCUAUGUGCCUGGUGCAAAGAUCCUUCAUUACUAUGGCAACCUCAACUUCUUCUUCAUCCGGGAGAGUACAUCUAUACGAGAGAGUGGAGGUUUGAGUGGAUUCAUACAUCGUUUCAUCGCUGAGGUCAUGGCGAUUGUACGUGCACAUGUCCGCUCGCUUGGUGGGAAUGCCCUCGUCUCCUAUACCAUGAACGAAUGCAUUCUGAUGGAUAACCCUCACAAGAAUCAGGCUCAGUGUCUAGUGAAUGUGUGUGGUGACGCCGUCAGCCUUCUCUAUGAAAUGGACCUCCAGCAUGUUCAGCCUCAGUAUCAUUCUCGCAUCUCUCCAGUCAUAUCUGCCAAGAAAGGCUCGCCGAAACUUGUCCGCCAUAACGUUCCAUCAGGAGCGGACCUUGUCAAGCAGCAGUUGGUUGGACGCUUAUAGCAAAAGUUGAAAAAAGGCGCAGAUUCGUUUUAGGCAUACAGUAGACCUUCUCUAGGCAUACAGUAGACCUCUAGGCAUACAGUAGACCUUCUCUCUAGUGAGAUCUUCUCAAUCAUAUUGGUGCUACAUCAUUGUUUGUGAUCUCUUGUUGUGUUGUUGUUACCGUUUGAACAAGUGUAAAUAGUUCUAUACAAAGUUGUGUGCAAUUUGAUCUAAGGUAAAGUGGUACAAUUAUAGCGCCAGUACACUUACAGUCUCUGUGUGCAUUACCACUGUUAAUACUUUUGGUCAUGACCAUAAUCAUACUCCAUGAUUCACCACACCCAGACACAAAACUUCCCUUCUGCAAGAAAAUAUGGAAUGUUUUGAACAAACAAUAGGCUAAGAUGUUAUAAAUUUUUGUCUGUAUGCAGUUAAUCGAUGUGUAAAUAUGAUUGCCAUGUUUGUAAGAAAAUGAUUGAAAGUGAA